AUGGCGGUACCAGAGGAUUCAGAGGCUGGGGGUUGGUAUAUAGGGAUCAUCUCUUUCCUUCUUUUCAUCUUCACAGUCUCAGGUGCCAUCUUCUUAGUUCUGUACAUGAUCCAACCUACAUCCAUAACCCAUUCUUGGUACCCUGUUAUCGGUGGUGCUCUAGUUUGCUUCCCAUGGUUCUUCUGGUUCCUCACAUUGCUUUACCGGAUUGUUUCACGUGCUUGUGGGUUUAGAAUGUCUUGUUUUGGUACCUCUGGUGUUGAUCACCCUGAUGAAGUUAUUCCUUCUGGUGUUAGUGCUGUUAAUAAUGCUAGUAUAGGCACUAAUAACGGUGUCGUUGAUGGCGGGAAUCCCGUUAUUGGUGAUUUGGAAAAUCUGAACGGGAACGAGAAUGGAAACGAGAAUGAGAACGGAAACAGAGCGUCUGGGGUUAGAUUACAGCCAGGAAGUCCAAGACGGGUUCAUUUUGGAGGGGUAGUGGUAUUAGGCGAGGAUGACGAUGGUGGUGGUGGUGCCGUUGGAAACCAAGAAAGCCCUAAGUCGUUGUCAUCAUCAUCGUCAUCAUCAUCAUCUUCAUCGAGCUGUGAUGAGAGUGAAAUGCCUCUGAAAUUGUGUAUGGCCUCUUGA